GAAUAAUAGUUUUCUUUUGUCUAUUUCGGAAGAAGUCCAAGUAAGGAUUCACAAAUGUCAGAUCGAGUAACUUUUGGUAAACCCAUUGUAUGCUUGCAAAUGAAGUGCUGUAAGGUAUUAAGGGCCUGCAGAUCUCGUUGGCGUAAAUCGCUCCAGAGUUCACAUCCGUAUAGGGUGGAAGGGAGAACAAUUCUGUUGCACAAACACGAUACGGUAUCAGGGUUAAGGUGUUCUUGUAUUUUGAGUGCAUAGUAGGCUUGUCGACCUUUCUUACACGCGUUGGCAAUUUUCUCAGUAUGAACAAGCUUGGAUUGAAGAAGAAUUCCAAGAUGGUUAUAAGUUUUGGAUAGGUAGACAGGUUCAGUGCCGAGAUACCAUAUGGGGGAAGCAUUGUUUUUUGCUGUUGAGGGGGAGAAUCGAAGAACACUAGACUUGUCGGCAUUAAAUUGGAAUCUCCAGUUUUUGGAGUAGACGAACGCUGUAUUGAGAAUCUUCUGGAUGGCAGAAGGCGAUAACGCAAUGCAGGAGAUGUCAUUUGUGAGAGCAGGAGUAGAACUAGCAAUGUUGUAAGUACCCAUGUUCGGACAUUGAUUUUGAAUUUCAUGAAGCAGGUCGUUGAUGAACACCAGAUAGAGGAAAGUAGAAAGUACCCCUCCUUGGCGUACUCCUUGAGAGACAGGAAACCAGCUGGAAUUUAUGUGAUUCACUACAACAGAACAGGAGGUAUUUGUAUGACAAUCGUCAAUCAGAGUCCAUAGACGACCGGAAAUUCCCAGACGGCUAAGUUUACACAUGAGACCGUGUCUCCACACAGUGUCGAAAGCUUUUUGUGUAUCUAGAAAGGCGACAUAUACGGGACUACCCUGUUCAAUAUUAUGAUGUAUAGUUUCUUGUAGGUUGAAAGAUACUGUAAGACAACCGAGUUUCUGUUGGAAUCCUUGCUGCUGAAUAUUGGGAAAUUCUACAAUUGAAAGAAUGUGCGACUUUAUUCUGUAUAGAAGCAAUUUCUCAAAACUCUUCAACAUGCAGGGAAGCAGGGCUAUUGGUCGAUAACUGUUGGGUGAUUUCUUUGGUUUAUUGUGUCCUUUGUGUAUGGGGACGAUAAUGUCUUUUUUCCAAGAAGUUGGGAUUUCGCCAAUUUUUAUAAUUGAAUUAAACAGAUGUUGUAUGCACAGUUUGAGUCCUGUGCCGCCAUAAAUGAUAUGUUCACUCUGUAUUCGAUCUAUACCAGGAGCUUUUCUGCGUUUUAAAUCACUAAUAAUAUUAGAAAUUUCAUCAAUAGUGAUGUCUCCACCCGGAAGAGAUUUUUCGUUCAGAAGUUUGGUCACUGUUUUUAAUUCACUAUAAGAAUUUUCAAUAGAACGGAAGAAAUCGUCGUUGAAGGUUCCAAUGUCUUGUGGAUUGUAAAUAUUUUCGAAGUGUUUCACGAAACAGUUAGCAAUAUCUACAGGGUUUGAGUAGGAAACGUUUUCGGUUUCUAUUUCUGAAUAGAUUCGAGAACUACGAGGUCGCUGGCGUUUAAUCAGCCUCCAAAAGAGUCGAACAUCACACUCUGAAGCUUCGUCGAUGUCCUUGAAUACUUUAGUCAUGAAGUCAUCAUGUGCUGAUUGCAAUUUAUUACGAAAAUUACGUUUUGCGCGAUUAUAAUUUCUGUAAGAUUCAUGACACAUGCCACGAGGUCGACCCUCACUUAACCAAAUGUUGCGUUUUUGUCGUUCUGUAUUAUGUAGUUGUUUCACUUUUGGCGUCCAUUCCGGUUUUAAAUAUGGCUUGUACUUCGAUACAGGGGUGUAUUGGGAUGCAGCAUCAUGCAACAGACAGUUAAGAUCUGAACAAAAAUCAUUAGUAUCAUUUACACACUCAAGAUUUCUUUCUAAUAAUGCAACAGAAUCUUUAGAAACAAAACUUUCAUACUCUCUGAUUUUACAGGAAUCAGCCUUAUGCCAAGCCGGUAAAUAUUGAAAAUGAUUAUCUGCAAAUCGGUUUUUAACAUCGAAGUCUAGAACCAUGAAAACAGGAAGGUGAUCUGAUGUACAACUAUGUGAACCUUCCUCAAAAACAUGAUACAGUUCAACAUAUUUACAAAGAGAAUUGCUACAAAAAAUAAAAUCAAGUGUUGACUUUGUUUGGAUAAAAGUAUACUGUGAACCAGUUGGCUCAAAAUCGACUCAGGGACUUCCUAUGUAAUUACGCAUGAUAAAGUCUUUAAGCAAACUCGACUUGUACAAUAACAUCCCCUAUGGAAGAAAAAUGUGCUACAAGAUCUUCAAGUAAACCCAUUUCAGCUGUAUAUGACUGGAUUACAUUAUCUGCAGGAAGGUAUGCACCAAAAAUGUACAAAGGGCGGUCACUGGACCUUUGAUUUUUAGGCCAAUAAUACGGGUGUCAUUUCUAAAGAUUUUUAGAAAAGACCCAGUCACGUGAUAAGAACGCGUCCGAGAGAUAAACUUGUUUUGCGAACAAAGUGAAGUCAAUUAGACAUUAUGGUUUCGCGCCAUACAAUUCUCUUUCUUCUGUUUUUCGUUUAUGUUUCACCGAUUUUUAAAAAAAAUUAUUGUAUAUAUACAGUGUAUGUAAAUGUUUCCCAGUCAAUUUAGUCAAAAUAUGUAUACAAGGAAGAAUAUCAAAUAGGAUUUUUAAAAGAGUAACUACAGUGUGUCAUCAUCAAUUAAAUAUGUUGCUAAAUUUUUAAAGAGAAAAAUGCACAAAUAUGGGUUUUUAGAAUUUUAAUUGUAUCUAAUUUCUAUUUUUUUUUAAGCAAAUACCGGUACUAGAAGUCGGAAAAUGAAUAAAUGUGAAAAUAAAAUAUCAAAACCGAAAGUCCAAAAAUUUCUAUGCAUUCAAAAAAAAAUUUUUUUUUAAUAAUUAAUGUUCAUACCGUGGCAUUUUUUUUUUUUUUGCUGAUAGAAAGCCACUUUAUAGAAAUAUAUGGUGUACAAAGUGUAAUGUAAAAACAAAGAAAUGUCACCAUAAAUUGUAAACAGGCGAUAGCGCUCCCGAAAGCUAUAAUAAAAUAUAAUUAAUAAUUAAGUGAGGAUCGACGACCUCACAUUGCUUAGAAGAGAAUGCACGGACAUUUAUGGGGACGUAAUAUUGUUAGGACAGAAUAUUGUCCUCAUAGUGUACUCUCUGUCCUCACAAUAUUUGUGAAAUGGUUAAAAAUUGUCCUCACUUUAUACGUUUUAUCAUAUAUUUCUCUCUCUCAUUAUAUAUAUAUAUAUAUAUAUAUAUAUAUAUAUAUAUAUAUUUUUUUUUUUUUAUUUAUAUCUAUAUACUGAUUAUUCAGAUACCUGUGUACAUACACAUGGAUAUCCUAAGACAAGAGAGAUAACUCUAAUGUAGGACGUCUACUUGGAAACUGAAUCAUAACCAAGACACGCCAUUCGACAGGGGAGUGUAUAAUGAUACAUUGCUACGCCAUAGAGAAGUCUGCUGCUACAGAUUAGCCAUGGACCCUCGCCACAGUGCCCAAGAUGUCGUCAGAUGUGACCUUUGUGAGGCAGCUAUAGUACAGAUGUACUGUGAUUUCUGCCACGUCAACCUGUGCUUUGUCUGUAUAGGAAAACACAUUGCUGAUGACUAUGACAAACACAUAGUGGUCCCAUACACAAAACGAAAAUCAACCUUGAUUUAUCCAAAGUGUAGUACACAUCAAAACAAAGUCUGUGAAUUUCAUUGCAAGGAAUGUGACAUGUCUGUCUGUUCCUUGUGUACUACUAUAUCUACAGAUAAACACAAGGGGCAUACAUUUUCAAUUCUUUCUGAAAUCUACAACAAAAUAAAAGCAGACUUUACAAAACAUUCAGAGGAGAUAGAAAACAUUAUUUCUCCAACAUAUGAAGAAAUGGCCACUGACGUAGAAACUCAAAUAACCAAGUUGGAUGGAGAAUAUGUGAAAUUCACAACAGUCAUUACUAAACAUGGAGAGGAAUGGCACAAAGAAAUUGACACUGUCAUCAACAAAAUGAAAAAUAAAAUAGAAGAGAUGAAAAUCAAACACCUGGGAAUUCUGAAGAAACAUUUGGAUGAAAUUAAGCAGAUACAGUCCCUUAUUGAGCAAUCUCUGAUUACACUGAAGAAAAUGGAGGAAUCCAAUGAAGUGUCUGUGACCAUGGAAUACAGAUCCAAAAACGAAGACUUCAGAAAUUUUUCUCCCAAAGUCCGAGUCUCACUGCCUACAUUUAGUCCCAACACGAUAGACAGUGAACAGAUUUACAAGUCACUGGGAUCUUUGAUACCAUUAUCAUUUACAACAGAUAAAAAUGGCGACAUACUGAAGAAAGCAGAAACCUCACUUAAAGAACAUAUGGAUGAACCAGAGCUUGUCGCUACAAUAAAUACUGGGUAUGAAAACCUCCACAGUGUUACCUGUCUGAGUGAAGAAGAAUUCUGGACAAGUGCAGAAGUUGAGGAUAUGAAAUGCUUUAAUGUUCAAGGUACACUUAUUAAUACAAUGAAAACAGAAUCAUGGGGAUGUUCACAUGAUAUAGCAGUGACAAGUGAUGGGGAUCUAGUGUACUCUGAUGGGAGAACAAUGACUGUGAAUAAAGUGAAGAGUGGACAGACAGAGGAGAUGAUCAGACUACAGGACUGGAGACCCAGCGAAAUCUGUGUCACCUCCUCUGGUGAUCUCCUGGUAACCAUGUACAGUGAUGAUGAAAUGCAAUCCAAAGUUGUCCGUUACUCAGGUUCCACAGAGAAACAAACAAUCCAGUAUGAUGAUGAGGGUAAGCCUCUAUAUUCAGAAAAUACUUCUGUUAAAUACAUAAGUGAGAAUAGAAACCUGGAUAUCUGUGUGGCUGACGUAGUAGCUAAAGCAGUAGUGGUGGUCAAUCAGGCUGGAAAGCUUCGAUUUAGAUACACUUGUCAGUCCUCUACUACCAAAAACAAACCAUUCCUCCCCUACGGAAUCACAACAGACAGUCGGAGUCAGAUCCUGACGGCAGACCCUAAGAACCACUGUAUCCACAUCCUGGACCAGAAUGGACAGUUCCUCCGCUAUAUAGAUAACUGUGAUCUGAAGGACCCAUUAGGUUUAUGUGUGGACAAAAGUGACAACUUGUUUGUUGCUGAGCAUCGAAGUGGAAAUGUGAAGAAAAUCAAAUAUCUACAAUAAGUACUAUUGUUUAUAGCCAAGUUAGAGGCUUUAAAGUAUGGAGGUUAAUGGUUAUAAAACUUCUUUCAUCUGCCAGGAUACACGGAGAAUGAGAUGGAGAAAUCUCAACUUUAGACAUUCCACUCCAGACAUCACUUCCUGUCCCAGCUCUAGAAAGUAUCUUGGUGACACCAAUUAAUUCUGUAGUGGAUGUCCAACAUCUAAAGCCCAACAAAUCAGAAACAAUAAUGAUAGCACGUCUUAUUUUGGUAUGCUUUAUAUAAUUGUUAUCCCCUCCAACAAAUAAAGUUGGAGCUAUAUUAGUAUUAUCCUGUCCAUCCCUGGUUAGACAUUUUUUCAUUUUUUCGUACAUUAAUUUUGUCUGCUAGUUAUUUUAUAUAUAGAUAUAUAUAU